GCGUCCGGUCGCGGCCGACGAUCGCGGUUCGUCGAGGGAACAAUGAGCGACAGCGUGAGCGAGAAGCCACCGAGUAUCUUCCUGCGCGAUGAUGCACGCCACGGUGGAAAUGGGACGGGCCAGCAACGAGGCUCCGGGAUAUUCCGGUUUGGAAAGGCGAUCGCCUCCGCGUUCAAUCCCUUCGGUGCUUGGGGGUGGAAAAGCAAUGCUGAUGCCAACAAACAGCCGGAUGAUCCGCUUGCACAGGCAGAGCGGGCCUACGCGGAGCUUAAGCGCUCCGGUUACAAGGGUACAGUCAAGGGUAGCUAUAUACGGAGCUUGGAUGGGGAGUCUGGAGUUCCUCCCAAGUCCUGGAAUCCCAUCCCAGAGCCAGCGACUUACCGGCCCAUAGCACAUCAUUCGAGACAGAACUCGGAAGAAGGGAACGAUUCUGUAGGGUCUAUUCGAUCCUCGUUCCAGGAGCUGCGCAAAGCCAAGUCAUCCCUGGGCAUUCCAUACAUUAAACGCUUGGACUCAAACAAGCUUUCCUCCGAGGAGCAGCCGGAGGGCGCGGAAGUGCGACGCCAGAAGUCGCGCAAAGAGCUCCAGCGACAGGCCAAGCUGUUGAAGCGCGUGAGCGACCUGGAACUCAAGUUACAACGGGCGCGUCGGGAACUGCACGACCUGGUUGGCGGCGAGGAAGAAGAAGUGCAGGCACCGAAUCCCUUUCUCGACAAACCAUACUCUCGCAAAUUUGUCCCCGGCGCACUUCCCUCGCUUCCAUCGGAGCGGUUGUUGCACAGCAAUAGCCAGUUGAAAUCCCCGAUCUCCUCUCGAGCCGUGUCUACACCUUUGAUCUCCCUGGUGGAGAACAUUCACCAGAGCGAAGCUGUCGAAGCGCAGCAGAAAACCACGCCAAGCAAGCCUAUAACCGGUACGCAGCAGCAACAGGAUGGUAUGACACCACGAACAUCUAAGGAUCCCCAGCUCCAAUCGUCUUUGACCGCAGACAGUCCCACCCUCAAACGCAAGUCGCCAGACCCUGCAUCCUUGAAAAAGAUCCAGCCUGAAUCGACGCAUUCUACAGACAGCCACCGCCACUACUACGGAACAGCCCGCACACCUACUCCUCGUAAGCCCAAACUGCCGAAGAUGGGUCCCGGCGACAGCCCCGGCUCCGUCGAGCGAAAGCAUUCUGCCUCCAGUCGUUCCCCAAAUACCCCCAGCGAGGAACGCGGUCGCAGACGCUCCACCCCUCUCCGAUCAUCGCCCAGCAACCCUCGCUCGCCUUCAGCAGUGGCGGCCCAUAGACGCGCCUCCAACUCCAGGAAUCGUGCUCCCCAGCCUCAACCUAGUCUGCGGAUGAAGAAGGGCCGCCCAGAUCUGCGAUCAGCCAGUGCGGGCGAGAGCCUACUGCUGCCUAGUCCGGGUGAGGCGGAUGACCACGACAAGGAAAAUCAGCAGGCGCAGCUGCAGCUGUAUAGCAGCAGCGUCGCGCUGGUGAAGGCGGAUCAGUCCGAGGAGAUGGCCACAACGACGACUCUGGCAUCCGGGGAGAUAAUGACAAGCCCCAGUCCCAAUUCGUCUCCUAGUAAGAAGAAGUCGGCUCGCUACGAGUACAUCCCGCCUGUGCCACCGCUCCCGAAGAACCUGUCUGCCACAGCGGCGAAGGUAGACCGACGGCUGGCGAAGGAGAUGGGCAAGAAGCGGGAGGCGCGAGAUCGCGAAAAGGCGCAGGCACAGCCCCAGUCGCCGUUGGGACAGAAGCUUGAGACUGUGGGAGCGGGCCAGCGGUCGGGCUCCGGCGGUGCUCACAGCUUCCAAUGGCCGGAGGAUUUCUUUUGAUUCGCUUUUUAGGGAUGGCUGUGAAGUUGCGGUGGAGUUGAUACCCUGUUGUCCGUGUUUUGUCUUGGUGUAUUAUCUGCUGGUCAUUGCCAUGCACCAGCACAUGACAUGCGCCUCUUGAGUCGACUUGACCAUGAGAGACCCUUACUUCGUCUAGUAUGGCGAUGGAGAUAAGGGGAGGAUAAUCGUUUCCUAUGUCCAUUUCCUGACUCUUUAAUGAAUGUAACGAUGUGAUGACUGCUGCCCAAUG